GGAAGACUGUCAACCACGAGUCAUCUGUCAAAAUCGGUUUUCGUUGUGCAAAAUCCUGCAUAAAAAGAAAGAAAUUAGAGUAAAUAAAGAGACCGCUGGGUGCUUUAAUGUCAAAACCAAGUGCAAUAGUAUACUAGGAUGAUUUUUAACAUAUAUUUAGGCAAUGAUUAUUGUUACUUAGGCUAGUGAAGUGAUUUUGUUGUUGAAAUCAGUGAAGUGCCGAUUCGUGUUCUUGUUUGCGUAUGAUGUGAGCCGCCGUCGUGGUACUGAAUCAUUGAUAAGCCGCUAGAUCCAAGGAUGCUGAACGAAGGCACGUCCACCCCGGUGAACUCGUGAAACGAACAAUAAAUAAAGUGUGGUGCAUCUCUGUCGCCGGGCGUCCUUCUCAUUUAGUUUCGUUCGUUCGCACAGAUGAACUGGUGCGUGAAUCGCAGUCAUGCUGUAAAUUUACGACCUCGAACAAUGGGAGCUUUGCCGUCGUCGCGCCGGGAUAUUAUUUGCCGGUCCUGGUGAAUAGAAUUUGUUUAUGUACGUGCAAUAUACAGCGCUGCAACUGCAUCUGCACCAGUGUAUAUGCAUAGGGUACCUGCUGUGUGUGCAUCGGUUGGUGUCCGUUUAUUGUUAUUAUCAGUUGCACACUGCACCAGAGACAAGAAUCUGCAUUCCCAACACAACACAAAUGCGUUGAAGAUGAUGAUGGUGAUGACGACAACGACAACGACCACGACGACUACGCCGCGAGAUGUUUGGUGGUCUUGAUCGCCUCGUGUUCGUUAUCGAAAAAAUAAACAAAAAUAAAUCCAAACUAGGAACAACCGCGCCGAGGAACGUACGUAGUGACUGUCGUUUUGUUUAGCAAGUCUGUUGGUGGGAAGUAAGGGAAGAAGGUAGGAAAAAAGGCACUUGGAGUUGAUACUAUACACUCUUCUACACACAAGGCUCCGGCGAAGAGAAAUAGCAGCGCCGCAGCAGUCGUAAGAGCAGAAGGAGGAGAAGGAGGAGUAGGUUUUACGAAUCCAUCCAUAAACUGUCGAUGGUCAUGCUCCGAGCGCUCUUCACAGUUGUUCAGCGGCUUUGGACGAAUACGGACGCGAGUGAAAGUGAAAUCGCGAGUUUUGCUCAAAUUUUGAAGGGUGGUUUUUUCGUGAGACAUUAUUACUAAACUGGUUUUGGGGAAAAACCAAUUUCGUGUGCCAAUCAAUCCGAGCUUUAGCCGCUCCGUUUUGCCAGUGUCGUCUCCGGCUGCCGGUUUUUCAGCGUCGAGCACUGCCAAGUGCGUGAAUCAAUAGUUAAGGAAGCGACGUGCUCAAAUUUCAAAUGUUAUCCAAAGGCAUUAGGAAUCAGUAUUUUGCAACAAUCUGUGCAAAUCUCGCCACACUCAUAUUCGGUCUAUCCAUCGGCUGGCUGUCGCCGAAUUUGGAGCUGCUGCUAUCGGAUGCGACACCCCUCACCUCCGGCCCCAUCAGCAGCUCCGAAGCAGGCUGGAUCGGUUCCAUCGGUACGGUAGGAUGCGUACUGGCAGUGCUGAUAUGCGGCUGGGUGUCGGAAAUUGCCGGCCGAAAGUCCGCACUGAUGCUCAUUGGGGUGGCGCAGCUGGUUAGCUGGGUUGUGGUCGUCUUCGCAAAGGACUUGACCAUGAUCUACACCUUCCGGAUUCUCGGUGGUUUCGCCGGCGGAGGCACAUUAUCCGUGAUACCAUUAUUUGUGUCUGAAAUCUCGGAGGAUAGAAUCCGUGGAACUUUGGGGGCCAUUUUAUCCAUCACUUGCAAUCUUGGUAUACUGUUAGGUUUUAUCUUAUGUUACUAUUUAGAUUACUUUACCGUUACUUACAUCGCACUGGCGUUCUGCAUUUUAUACUCGGUUGGGUGUAUGUUCCUACCAGAAUCUCCGCAAUAUCUGUUCACCAAGGAAAAGAAAGAUAGAGCGAUAAGAUCAUUGCGCUUCUACCGUGGCGAAGCCAAGAAUGAGUCAUCGAAAUUUAUUUCGGAAGUUGCCAGAUAUAAGGAGGCACAUGGCAACACAACCAAAGACUCAAAGCGACGAGUGCAAUUACACAUUAAGGAUUUAUUAAGCAAACCAACCUUGAAGGGCAUUUUAAUUUGUGUUAUAGUGAUGAUGUUCCAUCCGAUGUCCGGAUCGGUACCAUUAAUCACCUUUACCGAUCGCAUUUUCCGGGACUCCGGUUCGGAUCUGCCGCCGUCGACCUGCGCCAUGAUUGUCGCCGCCAUCAACCUGAUCGGUGCGUACGUGUCCUCGGUUACUGUGGACAAAGCGGGUCGAAAGGUCCUGCUAAUAACCUCGGCACUGGGUUGUGCAAUCUGCUCCGCCAUCAUGGGAACCUAUACAUUCCUGAAUGGGCUCGGGGUAAACCUAGACUUCUUCAAGUGGAUCCCGGUAACGACGCUGUCCGGUUUGGUGUUCAUCAGUGCCAUCGGUGUCGCCAUCGUACCGUUUAUCAUCAUGCCGGAAAUCCUGGAGCCAAGAGUUCGCGGAUUUGUCAUAACCUGGUGUCUGCUCGAAUUCCACUCCGUUGCAUUUUUAGUGGUUAAGUUCUUCCCGACCGUCGUCGAAAGGCUCGGCCUCUACUGGGUAAUGUGGUUCUUCUCGUGCUGUAGCGUGGCAGCGGCCACUUUUGUGAUAUUCUACGUGCCAGAGACGAAAGGUAAAAGCUUCGAAGAGAUUACCGAAUCGUUGGAACCAGAGAAGAAAACCGUACCAAAGCAAACCUCUAUUGAUGUUUAGCAGUGCUAAACCAUUCGAGUCAAUACCACAAUAAAACACGAAACGAAAAUCAAAAAAACUAAAUCAAAACCUGUAUCAUAUACAACCAACAAUGAAAACUACGCGCAUGACAAGUUCAAAUGAUAGGAGAUAAGUUGUUCGUAAGCUUUAAUUUUAUGUGUAUAAACUUUAUUACGUUAAUAAAUGUAAGUCAUUUUAUA